UCCUCAUUAUAUCUCCCCUUCAUUGCCUUAACAUUAGAUCUACCAAUGUAGCUUAUUUCAAAGAGCUAAAAACAUGAAGCAACAUUAUCAUAGAAAAACCAAUGGCAAAACUCCUAGAUCACAAACUCUACCUUCUUCACCAACUCACUCAUCAUCUUCUUCCGAUUUCGAGUUCACUAUAUCUCUAUCCCCUCGUAAAUCGUCCGCUACGAAUCUUUGCCCGGCGGACGAUCUUUUCUACAAGGGACAACUUCUUCCGCUUCAUCUUUCGCCACGAAUCUCUAUGGUUCGUCACCUUCUUUUGUCUUCUUCCUCUACUUCUUCUUCUGCCACCACUACUGCUCGUCAUUCGUCUGACUCGCAUUCGUCCUUCUCUACGGACGGAUGCGAUUCUUCUCGUCCUAGCUCCGUGGACGAUGAUCUCAAUUUACAAACAAAGUUAUUCCCAACUAGCUUGCAUAACCAGACGUGUGCCAAUAAUAAUCAGAAGAAGCCGAAUAAGUACUUUUCCUUGUCUAGAUUUUCAUCUGUUUUCCGUAAAGAAACAAAAACGACGUCUAGCUCUACACCGACGUCUACAACAACAACCACAACCACACCCGUAACAGCUACGCGUGUUGACCCGGAUAUCAUAGCCGGGUCAUCUGUUAAAAGAAUGAGUGUGACAGCCAAAGAAAUGAUAAGAAAGUAUCUGAAAAAAGCAAAGCCACUUUAUGAAAAGUUGUCCCAGCGUCAGGGUACUGGGACAACUUUUCAGGUUCAGAAAAUGGCUCUUCCUUCCAAGACAAUUUGUGGUCCAGAAGAGACCACAAGAAGCAAUGUUAAGGAAAAUGACAUAAUUUCACACUCGUUUUCUGGAAAUCUUCGGUACCCAAGAAGGAGAAGUUGUGUGUCAAGUUGUCCAUCGUCUAUGCGAUCGUCUCCAAGUCACUCUGGGAUUCUGUGUCGGAAAACCGUGGUGAAAGGCGGAGGUAUCUACUCGAACAAUUCGUCGUCCAUGGAGGAGCUACAAAGCGCGAUUCAAGGGGCGAUUGCGCAUUGCAAGAACUCCAUGAACAACUAGAAGAAGUCUCCGUUUAGGGCAAGGUAAGAGUCAUUAUUAAUUAAAAUUAACAAUGCAUUGUGAUCUAGAUCUUGACUGUUUUGGUAGAUCAUUCCAAUUAAAUUUGUAGUGUACUUGAAUAUGUAAACUCUUGAAUCAUUUAUAACACUUGUUGGGAGUUAUUUCAAUAA